AUGCCUCAAGAGAUAGCGGACGCCUCAGCUGCCUUCCCUACCAGACAGCUCACCAUACUGGCCCAGUUGACGCGUCCCCAAACAGCAAUAUGUCGCUUCUCGGAGCCCAUCGCCUUCAACUCCAUCCUGGCGUACACGUACGUGAUGGUGCAGGACCUGCACGGCGGUGACGACACCGACGCCGCCUUCUACGCCGGCCUGCUGGUGUCGGCCUACGCCGUCGCCGAGGCUCUGACCGCCAUGGGCUGGGGCGCGCUUUCCGACCGCUACGGACGCAAGCCCGUCGUCUUGAUCGGGCUCGGCGGCGUGGCUAUCUCGAGUCUCAUCUUCGGGCUGGCGCAGCAGUACUGGGUGGCGCUGCUGGCGCGGUUUAUCGGCGGCGCGCUGAACGGGAAUGUGGCCGUCAUGCAAACGAUGGUAGCUGAGAUGGUCAAGAAUCCCAAGCAUGAGCCCAAAGCAUACGCCACGCAGCCGUUCGUGUGGACACUCGGAGGCAUCCUGGGCUCCGCCAUGGGCGGCUUUUUAGCACAACCAGCCACCUUCUACCCGGACGUCUUCCCCGAGGAUGGCCUGUUCGGGCGCUACCCCUACCUGCUUCCGAACCUCGUCGCGGUCGUCACCAUCGUACUGGCCAUCAUCCAAGGCAUCUUCUUCCUGGAAGAGACGAACCCGGUCCUGAUCAAGGCCGCCGGCUUCGAGGACAGUUCCGCAUUCGCAGUCAUCGACGACACCGACGACGAAGCCACCGACGAAACCACGACGCUCCGGCGCGCGGCGCGACCGUCGCGCGACGGCGAGAGGCGCCCGAUGUUCGUCGAGCAGAGCUUGCCGGGCCCCGUGGAGCAGAACUUCGACCUGCGGCGCUCGUCCUUUGGCACCAUUCACUCGAUCAACCUGCCGGCCGACGCGCAGAAGCGACCCAAGAUGCCGUCACGGGCGCCGAGCUACGGUGGGCGCGCGUUCAACUUCACCAUCAUCAUGUUAACGGUAGCCUUGAUCCUGGUAUCGUACCACCAGAUGGCGUUCAAUACUUUGCUACCUACGCAUCUCCUCGACAAGCCAGCCGUGCGCGUGGACGGCAAGGUGGACCUGCGCGGCGGGCUGGGCUACACGGUGCACGAUGUGGGCGUGUACCUAGCCGUGAACGGCGUGCUUGGCCUGUUCAUCCAGGCCUUCGUGUUCCCCGUCUUCGUCGACCGCGUCGGCGUGUGGAAGUCGUUUGUGUGGAUGAUCAUCCUGUACCCGCUCUGCUACGUGCUGAUGCCGUUCCUGUCGGCCAUGCCGCCGCACUGGCAGUCGCCCGGCAUCUACAUCUCGCUGGUGCUGCAGAGCCUGCUCGGCAUCAUCGUCAUCCCCUGCGCGCUCAUCCUGCUCAAGGACGCCACGCCCCACCCGCUCGUGCUGGGCAAGGUCAACGGGCUGGCCAUGAGCGGGUGCUGUCUCGCGCGCACGCUGUCGCCCCCCAUCGUCGGCAUCAUCUACGCGGCGGGCGGGUCGGCCGCGGCCUGGUUCAGCUGCGCCGGCGUCGCUGUCUUGGGCGUCGUGCAGCUGUUCUGGGUCCCUAGGAAGCACCUGCAUGAUGUUGUGAUGGACAGCUCGGUUCUGGUCAAGACUGCUAGUCACACUAAUGGUACGGGUGAACACGGCGUGGAGGCUUGA